CUCUCCUCCACCUUCCUGCCCCGCCCUCUGCUCUCAUCUUUCUUUGUAGGUAUUCUCGCCUUCAUCGCUCUCUACCUUCUGUUUGGAUAUGGAGCCUCACUGCUCUGCAACCUGAUCGGAUUCAUCUACCCAGCGUAUUUUUCCAUCAAGGCCAUUGAGAGCAACGUCAAGGAUGAUGACACCCAGUGGCUGACCUACUGGGUUGUUUAUGGACUGUUCAGCAUUGUUGAGGCCUUUUCUGACAUCUUCCUCUCCUGGUUCCCCUUUUACUAUUGUGGAAAAUGCAUUUUCCUGAUUUGGUGUAUGGCUCCAGUGACGUGGAACGGCUCUGACAUGUUGUACAAGCGGUUGAUCCGGCCAUUUUUUCUGAAACACCAGGCCACCAUGGACACGGUUGUCAGUGAUCUGACUUCCAAGGCCAAGAACAUUACAGAGACUGUGACAAAAGAGGCUGUUAACCAAGUUCUCAACUCUGACAAGAAUAAGUGAAAAGCAUAGACGGGCCUCUCCUAAUUGUAUGCGUGAAUGAUUGUGUGCACCUCCUUUUGAUCCUCCUUGAAGACGGAUAGCCGGUCGACCUGCACUUCAUGGAGACUGUGGCUUCUGUCUCUUCUAAAAACAAAUAAAAGAUUUGAGCAUCGGUACGUUGAAGACAGUCAAUGAAACUGUGACCUUUUUUUGUGAACUUUCUCUGUUAUGAAGACUGCUUGGAAUAAGUUUAAGAAUAAAUCAGUUGUUUGCUUGCAUGUGGCUGCACUAUCAGUUUUGUGGGACAGGAUUAAUAUGUUGCACUAUAUUCAGACUUAAGAU